AUGGGUAACUUCAGCCUGGAUCAGUACACGGCCCUGAUGACAGACUAUGACAGGGAGAUAACCAACAUUGUGUUUUUCGCUGUCGUCAUUAACUUAAUUAGCAUCUUUGGAUCUGUAGCCAACGUCAUCAACAUUGCUGUUUUUAUAAAACAGGGUUUCCAGGACACGGUUAACAUCAGCUUCCUGGCCUUGACCUUGUCUGACCUUGGCAGUCUGCUGACCAUGGUGGCCGUGGGUGUGACCAUUCUGGUAGGUUCUGUGUGGCCCGAGGCGCCGAUGGUCAAAGAGGACGUGGCAUACCUCAUCGGAGACAAACACGUGAUUAAACCUGUGUCUAUGUUUACCACCACAGCCGCCCCCCACGCGGCGUUCCUCCGCAUCAGUUGGCUGAUCACCACCUUCAUCACCAUCGAGAGGUGUCUGUGUGUCACCAUUCCGCUCAAGGUCAAACACAUCAUCACUGCCACCAGAACCAUCAUCGCUAUGGUGAGCAUCUACCUCUGUGUUUUUCUCGGUACCUCCCCGUUUUUCGUUUCCAGUGCCCUCACCAACGUGUUCAACACAGCGACCAACGCCACCAAACUCACGAGAACAUUCCACGCGGAUGUGUACUACACGGACGGCAUCGGGUACAACUUCACCGUGUCGGUGCAGUUCGGCUGCAUCAUCGUGGAUCUUUUAUCAACGCUGGUCAUUAUCCGACAGAUGCAGGUCAAGUGGAAGUGGAGGCUGGAGUCCACGUCUGCUAGCGCCAGUGACCGUUUGUCAUUGAGGGACAAGAAGUUGGUCAAGAUGGUGCUGGCCAUCUUGUGUGUGUUCAUCGCGUGCUUGAUUCCCAGCUGCACCAGCUUCGUGUGCGAGCUGGUCUACGGCUACAUGUUCAACAUCACCGGACCCAACUACAACAUCUUUAUUUGUGCUAGCUCCGUCAUCAUCACGUUCGAGGUGGCGCACAGUUCUGUCAAUAUUUUCAUCUACUACAAUAUGAGUGCUAAGUACAACGCCACUUUUAAACAAAUCUUCUUCAAGUGCGAUCAAAGGUAA